UAUUUAAAUCGCCUUUGAAAAAUCCCAACGAAUUCAACGGGAACGGUGGCAAAACACACAAUCACGCGUUUAAAGACUGUGUAAACAUGGACUCCUUAACGUGAUAUAAUUGAAAUUACUCGUUAAUUACGCGCCAGUUGUCACGGAUAAAUUCUCCAAACAUACCGGUGACACUUGAAAUAUCCAUUUACCCAAUCAAUUCAAAACAAAAAAUCCUCCCACAACAUAACCUGCGAAAAACCUGUCCAUUGCAAUUGAAAAAUGAAAAUAAUUGGAGGAAAGUGAGUUAAAUAUAGACGUGUGAUGUUCCGUUUAACCUGCUAGGAGUUUUCCAACGCUUGGAUAAUUUUCACGUCGUUUUCUUCAUCAAUGACAGGAAGGUUUUAAGGAAAAUGGGGCAGACACUGAGUGAACCAGUGACCACAAAGACCUCUGCCUGCUGCAGGGAUUCUAAUUUCCUCGUUGGUAGUUCCUGCAUGCAGGGAUGGAGAAUCAAGAUGGAAGACUGUCAUGUUCAUAUUCUCUCGCUUCCGGAUGACCCUGAGGCAUCGUUUUUUGCGGUUUACGAUGGCCAUGGAGGGGCUACAAUGUCUCUACAUGCUGGAAAACAUCUUCACGAGUAUAUCACGAGGACACCAGAGUACCAGGAGGGGAAAAUUGUCGAGGCAAUGGAGCAGGGCUUUCUGCAGCUGGAUAAAGCCAUGCAGGCAGACGCAACACUGAGGGCUGACAGAGCUGGAACUACUGUCAUUGCAGUAUUGAUCAAAGACAACAUUUUGUAUUGUGCGAACGCAGGGGACAGCCGAGCAGUAGCGAGUGUUCAUGGUGAGGCAGUGUCCUUGAGUCGUGACCACAAGCCCUUCCUCGAGGAUGAGAGGAAGAGAAUCGAAGCAGCUGGGGGCUGGGUGGAGUUCAAUCGAGUCAAUGGGCAUCUGGCGCUCUCCCGAGCUCUCGGAGAUUUCAAAUUUAAGUGGAAUGGUAAAAAAUCUGCUAAGGAACAGAUCGUAACAGCUUUCCCUGAAGUUCAAAAAUUUGAGAUAACCAAUGAUUGGGAGUUCGUUAUCCUCGCGUGUGAUGGAAUCUGGGACGUGAUGACCAGUGAGGAGGUCAUCGAAUUCCUGAGGGAAUCCAUAGCAAUUGCCAGGCAGAAUGAUCCAGACCUUCUGGCAGACGCUGAGGCCGUCUAUCCAGAGGAAAUAUGCGAGGAGUUGAUAAACCGAUGCCUCGCACCAGAUGCACUGAUGGGCACUGGCUGCGACAAUAUGACAGUCGUACUGGUAUGUUUUCUCCACGGGAAACCGUCUUUACACCUAGAGCUGCAGUGCCAACGUAUCCCUAGGACUGGGACUCGUCCAAAAGAGGAAUUAAGAAACGGAAAUCACUCUAUCCCUUCGUCAGACGCAGAAAAUCAUAAUGUGGAUAAAUCAGAAGAGAAUCAAGAAACCAUUGAGGAAGACAGCGAGGACAGCGAUAAAAUAGAGCAGAAUUCGUCAGGUGAGGGACUAGUGGAGAAAUUCCUGGAAAAUCACUGGCCGGAUCCAUCUAAAAAAUAAUUCCCCAACGUCCGAUGAAGAAUGAAUCACAUACAAAAUUUUCUACACCGCUGCGUGAGCUCUUCCCCACCUCAGAUUAAUUUUAAAAACUUGUAUAUAAUAAUAAUGUGUAUUCAAUUAACAAUUGAUAGAAUACAAGAUUUUCAACGAUA